AUGGAAUUAAUGCCUAAAUUGUAAGAAAUUCAAAAAGAAUUGUAAUAUUACACUAAAUACUUCUAAGAAAACAAACUUUAUCAUUCUAGCAAAUGGACAGGAGAAUUAUUAUUAGGAUUAACUUAAGAAGAAGAUUUAUAAUAAUCUUAAUUUGCAAUGCAAUUUAUUCAAAACAAUACUGAUUACAAUUAUCAUUUUAUUAGAGAGUUUAUUCCUGAAUAUAAUGAUAUUAUUUUAGUGGCUAGAAAUCUUUUUGAUUUAAGAGAAUUCAAGAAAUGUGCAUCUUUAUUAUAAAAUCUCAUCCAUAAAAAUGAAUCUGCAAUGUUUCUCUAUUAUUACUCAUAAUAUAUGUAUGGAGAGUUAAGAAAGGAAGAAGAGAUGUUUGAAAAUGAAAACUCAAAGACAGCUACAAAUCCAGAACUUAAAUUAUUAGAAAGAGAAUUAUCAAAAUUAUACAAUCAAAAAUAAUUAAACUAAUUGAAUCUUUACCUCUAUGGACUAAUAUUAAAGGAUACAAUGAGAUUAAGAGAAGCAAGAGAUGUAUUUAUUUAAGUUUUGCAUUAAAUGCCUUGUUUUUGGAGUGUUUGGUUAGAAUUAUGUAAAUUAUUAACAGAAGAAGAUUCUUUAGAUGAAUUACCAAAUCAUUGGAUGAAAUUAUUUUGGAGCUCCAAUUUUAAUUUGGAAAAGUUUAAAAAUGCUAAUUGUGUAGAAUAAUUUUAGACUUUAUUAUACUACUUUAGAAAUUCAAAUUUUAUAAUAAAUUAAAUUGCAAAUGCUUAUUAUAAUAAUUAAGAAUUUGAAUUAUCGCUUGAAUGGUUCGAAAGAUUAUUGAGUAUUGAUCCAUAUAGAUUUGAGAGUUUGGAUACAUAUUCAAAUAUAUUGUAUAUAAAAGAGAAUUAAGGAGAACUUGCAAAUUUAGCAUUAUAAUCAUUUACAAAUAAUAAGUAUGUACCCGAAACUUGUUGUGUAGUAGGAAAUUACUAUUCUCUGAUGAAUGAACAUGCAAAAGCAAUAAAUUAUUUUUAAAGAGCUCUAAAAUUAGAUAAAGAUUGUUUGGCAGCAUGGACUUUAAUGGGACAUGAAUAUUUAGAAAUGAAGAAUGUAGCAUCUGCGAUAUAAUCAUAUAGAAAUGCAGUAGAAAUAGAUCCAAAAGAUUUUAGAGCUUGGUAUGGAUUAGGAUAAACAUAUGCAUUACAAGGAAUGAAUUAAUAUGCCUUAUAUUAUUUCAGUAGGGCAGUAAUAAGUAGACCUAAAGAUGCAAGAAUGUGGAAUGCAAUGGCAGAAUGUUAUGAUAAAAUGGAUAAAAAAAAUGAAUCUAUGAAAUGUUAUGAAAGAGCUAAUUAAUGUAAAGAUAAAGAAGGGAUUGCAAUUCAUUAAUUGGCUAAAUUAUAUGAUGCUGUGGUAUAUAUUUAAAUUAACUAUAUAUUUAUAGGGUAAAACAGAAAAGGCUCUGUCGGCAUUUGAAGAAAGUUUGAGAAGAAAAGAUGAAGAAUAGAUUGUUGAUAAGGAAUUAUCAGAAUCUUUACUUUAUUUAGCUAGAGUAUAUUUAAGAAGGGGAGAAAAGGAAAGAGCUAUGCAAAUGGCUAAAAGACUUUAUGAUUUUAAUGGUCCAGAAAGAGAUGAAGCCAAUUUAAUCAUGAGUUAGUUAAAUAAAUGA